AUGGCCCUCACUGAUGAUAAUAUUGCCACAGAGCACCCAAGUCUACUAGAUAAAGACUACGAGGACCAAGACAUUUUGAACGAGUUUUUGGACCAGCGUGUUUUUGACUCGCUCAACGCAAACACGCCUCUUGGACAGGGCCAGCACUACCAGGAAGAAGAUCCUCUCGAUAGCUUCCACAAUGACGUGUUCACCAAAUUAGAGGCCACAACAAGAGCCAGAGACGAACGAGUACAUACCCGGUCUCUCGACGACCACGACAUAAUCAGAAAGGAAUUUUCCAAGGUCAAAUUUGGCAACACCUUUAUGAAGCCAUGCCCUGAAACAAUCGAUGUGCUUGACUCAAGCGCGUUGGAUUUUUCCCCCGAGGCCAUGUCCAAACUCCCCUACCUGCUUAAUGUCUUGAACCUUCCCUCGUCGUCGCGUGUCGAGACACAGAUCAAACUCAAAUUCAUGAUGAGCCCUCCACCAAAAGAGACUUUUCUUCACAUUUCACAAGACUUGAUAUCAAAGAGUAAGUUCUGUUUGCAGGACCCCGUGGAGAGCUUGCCUGAGUUGUUGCAAAAGAACAUGCUUUUCGUUGAAACUUAUGUGUUGACGUCAGACUUGAGCAAAUCUUGCAAUAUAUGUUCCCGGUGUAUAAAGCGGGAGCAGAAACGAGCUCUGAGGUCAAAGACUGGCACAUCGGAUUCCAACGCAGACUCCCCUUCGUCUUCGAUCCAUGCCUCCCUGAGAAACUACCAAAACCUAUGGGAUGAUGAGAAAAUGAUAAAAAAAGCAAUCUUCUUCAACUGUAAAGAAGUCAUUAGCUUUCCCGCUCCAACCGGUUUGGCGAACGACCACUCGAAGGCGCUUGAUUUUUCUGCAAGAAUAAUCUGCUAUUGCAGACAUCACAAGGAACUGGAGGGAUUUAAGUUGCUCUUUGUCGUUAGAGAUCACAACAGUAAUAUUGUGGCCAAGCAUCUUUCGAACCCUAUUAUGAUCAUGGAUCGAAAGAAAACAUCAGCUUCUACGAUUAAAGAGGGCACUGUUGUACAAGGCGCGUCAUCCCAUUCGAAUCGUGUGGGAGGACCCGAUGAAUCAAAUGAACUAGAUAAGUUGCAUCCUCUUUCUCCAAACUCAAUCGAUGACUCUGCAUCUGAAGCUUUGGCAAAUACCGACACUAACAAUGACCCAUCCUCGCGUGGCCUCAAAAGGAAAAAGCUAUCUUUCGACGACUCCUAUAACUCGUCGACUAACCCCAUGUUCAAUGGAAGUGGGUUUUCGCCGUUGAGUAACAGUGAUACAAACGCCUCUAUUCAUAAUCUACAUGGGAAAGGUUUUGCAAUGAGUAAUCAUGUGACCUCCAUAUCAUCUCAAAGCUUUCCACAGAGUGUUCUGUUGCCCCGUCAAAUGCUGCUGCUGCAUCUUCAACAUGCUGUUCAAACAGAGCAGCAACCGGCAAUUCAAAAGAUCAUUCCUGCUCAAGGCCCAAUCCGUGGAGGUAUAGAGGUCACGCUUCUAGGCUUCAAUUUUCGUCCGGGCUUAACGGUGAAGUUCGGUUCAAAAAAUACCUUGGCAACUCAUUGUUGGUCUGAGAGUACAAUUGUGACUUACUUGCCACCAGCUGCUCAACCAGGACAGGUCUUGGUGAGCUUUGUGGACCAUGAUCAUGUGAUGGUAGGCAACCAGCAACUGAUUUUCACUUACACGGAUGACACUGAUCGCCAACUAAUUGAACUUGCAUUGCAGAUUGUCGGAUUGAAAAUGAACGGAAAACUCGAGGACGCAAAAAAUAUCGCAAAGCGCAUUGUUGGCUCAGAUAAUACUGAAGGUGGCUCGAAAAUUGCCUCACCUCUGACUCAUGCCUCUGACGUCAACCAGGACAGUAUGGAGUGGUACGAUAAUGCGCACAAAGCUGUUCAGAAACUCUCAAGAUCAGACUUGUCUACUGAAGAUAUACUCAUCAAUUUCCUUUCGUUGGUAGACCUUCCAAAUUGCCCCAUCAUUAUACCCAAUUGGCAACUAUGUAACAGUCAGGGUCAGUCUUUGCUUCACCUUGCCACUUUGAGAAAUUACUCCAAGUUGAUUGGUUUUUUAAUCACACAUGGUUGUAAAAUCGAUAUUCAAGAUAACCAAGGUUUGACUCCAUUAUUUUUUGCGUCCAUGUGUGGAUUCAGAGACUUGAUUAGUGUGUUUAUUGAGUGCAAGUCCAACUGGGAUCUCAAACUCACGAAUGAGAAGUCUUUGAAGGAUUAUUGCGACUUGAAUGUUUUGGACGUUUUUAACAAGCUUGAGGUUUCAAACUGGGCAGCAAGCGAAGAUUUAAGCAGCGGCGGGGGAUCCACCUCCGAGAGUGCGGAAGACGUGUUGAUUCGCUCAGGCAGUAUUGACUCUUUGAACUCAAUGUACAUGAUGAACUAUGGAAGGCAAAUCUCCAGAAUGCUGACCGAUUAUUCGGUGUCGCAACACAUGAACGAGAAAUCCAAGAGCUCGCCACUGUCCUCUUUGAGAAGUGGUGCUCAAGCAAUGCGAAAGACCAAAGUCCUGGACCACUAUGGUAGUGACUCAACAGAUUUCGCGGACUCGGAGUUGGAGUCUGAGGAUGAUUUCAGUGAAGACCUCGUCAAGCAUUCUUCUUCAUGGACAAGAAAUGUGGAUGAGGAGGAUUACUAUGACGACUACUCUGCAGGUGAAGAUAACGGGAAUUCCGAUGAGGAUAUCCAAAGUCUAUCUUCAGACGAAGGGCCAUCACGUCAAGCUCGGCAUAGUACGAUACCGGGUCUCUGGCAAAUGAUGAAGACAGCAGUCUUCUUGAAUGACAACGAAACUACGCUUCCCUCAUACGACGAUCUAUUCCCUUUCAAUAAUGGCUUCAUGAGACCGAAGACGGAACUCGAAAGGCAGCUUAAUAGUGUGGAAGAAGCGGAGGCCCCUUCGGAAAGCUUGUAUGAGACUAGCGACCAUCAGCCAGAGGAUUUGGGAAUAGCUUCGGACUCCUCAGAAGAUAUGGUCAUUUCGUACAUAAACCAUCCACGGAAAGCCAUCAAAAACGAUAAGAUGCUUCUCUUCUUCUGGCUCCCCGUCUUGUUUAUGAUCAUUGGGCUCUUCACGUACCUGUCACUUACGGGGUAUAAGGUUGAGUUGAUUGAGAAGUUCAAAGAGGCCGGCCGCAACGCGAUUGGGAAUAUUGUUGUCGGGAAUGAGAGGCUUUCGCACGUGUUCAUGAAGAACAAUAUUCUGUCCGUGGCCUAA